AUGAAAAUCAAAAACUUGUUGUACAGGGCGUUCUAUGAAAAGAUAAACAAAACAUGGCUGGACCACCUUUUCUCCCUGUUGUUUGAGAAAGCUCUAAGAAAGCCUCCCGGUGCAGCAGAUAAAGAUGGCCAAAAUGUUACUUUACCAGAUAUUUUUCCUGGUGUCCAGUGGCUGAAUCUACCUUUAACUACGGAGGUAAGCUUGUGGCUGAGCACCCACUGAGUUACUAAAUGAAAGCAUAUUGUUCAAUUAUUUGGGUCAGCCUGUCCUCAUGAGUUAUAAUAACAUUUCUUGUUUCUUAUGAAAAUUAUCUACUUUAAAAAGGAAAGAGCACACUGUUAAUGUUAACAGUGGAAGAGAACGGUUCUUGAAUUCAUAUUGAGUGUUUAAUUGUUAUCUUUUUUUUUUUACUGAUAUACAUGUAGAGUAUGUAUCAUGCUGACAGCGCUGUGCUCUAGCAUCACUCAAGGCCCCUGGCACCUUAUUUUUUAUCUUGGGCAACUAGGAAUUCUUAGUUUUUGUAUAGAAAUCAUAUGCUGGACACCCUAGAUUUCUCCCUAGAAUGUUUCUCAGCACACUGCAUUCUUUAACAAUGCUGUCAGUUCAUAGCAGUCCUUUUAAUAUAUUUUGUUUGUAUGCUGUAUUUAGGUGGAUGUUCAUUGCUGCCUCAGUGAAUUGGAAGCAGCUGAUUAUGGAGAAUUUGUAAGUCGGUUUUAUCCCAAUAAGUGAUUCCUUCAAGUGUUCCAUCCUUUAAAAAACCUAAACAAUUCUAAGGUGUAAACCUCAACCCAAGUGAUUGCACUUGAUCCAAUGAGAACAACAAGAACGAGUUAAAGCCAACUUACAUUUUGAGGGGUUCUGUAGUUUGUCUUUACAGCUACAUUUUUUUCUUUCAUUUCCCUUCAGGCAGAUGACUAUUUUCAAAUUAGAAGAUUAUAUACAAUUUUAGGAUCUAGCAUAUUUUAUAAGGUAUGGAUUAAUAAUUUUUGUCAGGCAUUCUGUGAAUCUGUUUCUAUUGCCCAUAUAAAACUCUUAUGCAUUUUGAAUUUGUAGUAGAAUGUAGCAACACUAAGUGGGGCGCUUGAGUUUGUGAAUGUCGGCAGCAAAAAUUUGUCCUCUUGAUACAAGAGCUGGUUUCCAUGAUUAAAAUCAACUAAAAGCAUUAUAAUUUGUUUGAGUAUAUUUUUUAUAAAUUUCCCAUUACCACUUUGCAGGGAUAUUUAGUUGCUAAUCAUUUACCAAGAGAAGAUUUAGAAGAUGUUGUAUUAUAUUGUAAAUAUCACUGUUUACUGGCCAUGAGUGCAGAGCAGCGUGUUGGACAGCUUGUUAUCUGGAGGGAGGUAGGUUGUUUCAUUUUCAUUUUUAUUUUUAUUGAUUUAUUUAUUGAUUGAUUUGUCUUUUUCUUUUCUUUUUUUUUUUCAUCUGUGCUCAAUUAAGCUAAAUUACCGGCUUUUUAAAUAUAUAUUAUUGAUUCAAGGUGUAGUCUAACCGUAUUACUUGGCUCCAUUCACAGUCACCCCAUGGUAUGGUCUUGUCAGAUUUCGUUAGUCACUGUAAACAGAACCUUUUUAAAAGUGGCCACUCGUCCCUUACCUAAGGGUGGUUGCUUGGUAGGGUCCAACUGUGUAUGCUUAGUUUUCACCCUACACAUUUUCAUGUAGGUACAAAAGCAAGAAGAUCAAAACCUCGUUCCAAGGUUCUCUGUCCUACCGGACCGGUAGGAGAGAACCCUGAGAACAAACUUGAGAAGAUCACUCUGUUUUCUCACUAGGGCUCAAACCUAAGUCCUGUCUGGUUGUCUGGGACAGGUAGCUUUUCUUACUGGGCAACAAAACUUUUAAUUUGCUCACUUGCCUGACGGGCAUGGAUCCAGGCAAGUCAUUCCCUAACAAAAUCAUAAGCUAAGACAAGCAAGCAGCUGCCCUUGGCAAACAAACGUGAGUGCUUGCCCUAAGGACGCAGUGCUAGAAUUCAAGUUUUGUGGUUGUUGUUUUUCGAGCACUGUUCACAUUACUUGAAAAUAAAUUGUCUCCAGGUUUUUCCAACAAGAAGAAGUUCUAAGAGCAGAAGAGAAGAGGACAAAGAGUAUCGUGAACCUUCAGCAAGAUAUUUCUUGCUCAUAGUAGGAAUGGUAAGACAUGCCUAUAGUGAUUUAUGUAGUAUUGGUUUAAGAAAAGAGGGAAAAGGGAGGGUGGUGGUAUACAGGGGGAGUUUUCAGGCUAAGAGAUAACAUGUGGGAACAUUUGCAAGAGUACUGACAAUUUACAGGUGGUGUCUUCGUUAAAUACCAGCUAAGGGUGCUGUUAUAAGAAUUUGGCUACUAUUGUUGUGUGGAUUUCUUGUUUUUCACUUUAGUGAUUGUGAGAAUUGUGUUAAACUGACGCCUGCUUCAGCAAUCUGAUGCCUACUGAUUCUGAGAUUUACUGAAGCAUCUCUCAACCCCACUCCCAUGCAAACAGACCUGCCUAAGUGUACAAAAAUAAAUGUAUAUAGAAGUAUUGCUUUGUAGCCCUGACCUAAAGUAAAGGGACUUUUUAUCUAUUAUAUUAUUUCUAUUCUUAUCGCAGUAACAAAGUUAAAUAUAGAGAAAACCACAUUAAUUUUGUUAGAUUAGUAUUAUUCAUGAAUAAACUACUACAUUUUUUUGUUUAGAAACAUUGGCUUAUGUGUGUCCUUUUAGAGGCGGGAGGUAUCUCAAAACGGUAAGCAUACUGAGGAAGUUACAUGUAUUGAAUGGCAAGUAACUUUACUACAUGUAUCAUAAAUUUGUCUUUAGUGUUUUCCAGACAAAUAUUUUAUGCAUUUUGAGAGACCCCUGUCCAGAGGCACUUGGUCAUUAGACCGUUACAUGUAUACUUUUUAUUCAACUUUUACACAUUUUACCAUUACACCAGUUUCGUAUAUAUUUAUAGCGCCACGUGGAAUAUUUCCUCAUCCCUGUUGAUGCCGCUGAUCGGCAAAAGCUUGGAUUUUUAUUUUUUAAAACGGACAGUAGUUUAAGGCCUCAUAUGAACAUUUCAGUUUUUUUAUUUUGUCUUUAGUGUUACGCUCGAAGCCUUACACUUGACGUCGUGUACUUUCACACUGAGCUAUAACUCUGUCACAUUGUAAAUAAAUUAUGGUGAAAUUUACAUACAUUUCAUUCCUUUUGUUGUUUUUAUAUUAUGUUAUAUUUAUAUUUAUUUAUUAUGAAGGGCUGAGGGCCACCCUCCACCGAAUACUUACUAUGUGGAUCAAGUCAAAAAUACCUGGCAUCAAAUUGAAUCCAUGGACAUUCCUUCUGUUUGUGAAGCAAGGUACAGUGCAUAAUUAGUAAACGUAGAUACAGUUUUUAUGUUUUAUGUAAAGAAUUUACAGUGAUAAAAACGUUAGGUUUAAUUGUCAGAGCAGAUAUUUUCAGUUAAGUUGUAAAGUGGAAAAACUUUCGUGAAGCCUCCAAUUGUAAUAUCUUUCAGCCAACUCAUGGUCGUGCUCGCUGUUUAAGUUAGUGACAGACUUAAGCUAAUUAUAAUUAACUAAAAAUUCAAUGUGGAAAACCGAACAUUUCAAAACGAUUUUCACAGCGAUGUGCCUUCAAGCACACAGCGUUCAAAUCGUGAUCAGACUAGUUGAAUAUUAGUGUGCUCCUUUGCACCUUUUCCUGUUUUUGUAUUCAUGUAUAUUUUAUCUGUAGUAUACAUGUAGUAUAAAAAUUUACAAGGCUCAUUCAUGCCCCUUACUACACACCAGUCAUGCAAUGCCUUUGAGUGGUAUACCGUGAAAUAUCGUGCGUUCUGGUAGCCCAAGAAAACUGCAUGUAAGGAGUUAAAUACAACGCACGAAAUCAUAAUUCAACUCGGAUAUACAGCCCUUUGCCCGUUUCUUCAUUCGUGGCAUGGAGUGCUAACCUUAGGAUUUGACGGAACAUGUACUAGGAUUACUUGCUAUAUCUUCGCAAGUUAUUCCUUACCUAUUACUUUGUUGUACAUAUACUACUAUUUUUCUUCAGUUUACGGAGCCCUCGCAAUCCUCCACUGGCCUCAGCUGACGCCCUGCUUAUGAGUCCCCCAACGACAAUGCUACAGAAGUCGUCUUCAAGCUUUGGUGGCUCCGACACUCUCACCUCACAGAAAAAGCACGGCAGUUUAGAUAACUUGAGACUACAAGGUACUUGUACUCUUAUUUAGUGACGUUCGCUAAACAGUUAGAAGUUUGUUAGUGAACUAAUCCGCUAAGGCAUUAGAGAGUCAUCAAUCACUCAAUAAGUUUGUUUGAAUUUUUCGCAAGGCAGCAGUCAGUUGUUCAGUUUGUUUUCCAGUCCAGUCAAUGUUAGCCAGUCCCUUAGCCAGGUAGCCAUUAAGCCAGUUAUUGAGUCGGUAAGUUAGCCGAUCACUCUGCAAAACGAUCACUCAGUCAGUCAGUCACAGAAGUAUAACACUCACAUCAGUGGGUCGGUCAAGUUAAAAAGGUUAAUUGUCCACCUUAUUUAAAGAGAUUUGAAAGCUUCAAUUGAUAGCUCUUUGCCAGUCAAUCGAUCAUUCUGUUUGCAACCACCCGUUCAGUCAAGGACUGAGCCAAACAGUCAGUCAUUCAAUCAAUUAAUCAGUUAGUCAGAUAAUUGAAAGUCCAACCAGAGACUGAUUUGUGGUUAUUUAAAACAGUGUUACACCAGAUCAAAUAAGCUCCUUGUCUUCUCACAUUACCGCUUUUCAGAUGAAGUAGAUUCUAAUGAUAGUGGGAGUAUACCCUCGGUUAUUCGCCGCACAGGGUCCGAUAGUUCUGGAAGUCUGGGCAGCUUUGGAGCCAAAGGCAAACUGAGAUCGUUGCGGUCCCAGUUCUCUCUCAACUCUGCAGGAACGUUCAGAAAGAGUUUGCCUGAAAAUAUGCCGGACUUGUCUCAGGUGGUCACAGGAAAGUAAGUAUAACCGUCAAAGUGAGCAUGUUAAGGACCUUAAGGCAGAUGAAAACGUCGCUGAAAAAUUGAUUUCAAACUUUUUCGCUAUUAUUCCAUGUCAUCCAGUUACUUAAAAGUACAGUGGAACCCCGCCUUACGACCACCCCGUUUAUAAGACCACCUCGUUAUUACGGCCAUUUUCUUUCAAACCAAACGUAAAACCAUUGAGUCAUUUUAUUAUUUUGAGGACCCCGUUAAUGCGACCACCUCGUUAUUACGACCAGGAUUUUAUGGCCCAACGGUGGUCGCAUUAACGGGGUUCCACUGUAGAGAAAUUAUAAAGUUGGAACUGAGGAGAGCCGAGAGGGGACCGCGUCCGAGUACAGAGACAGUAACAUUUAUCGCCUUUGUCGUUACUUUUUUCAAGUCAAUGAAGUUAGUUUUCGUUAGCUGGGCGAAGUUAGUUUUUAUGAUGCACGUGCAGAGUUUUUGUUUUGCUUACUGAGACCCCUUUUUACACGGGUCUCGACAAAUUUUUAAACGGACAAAAACUUAUACUGAUCUGCCUAACGUUUACACGGGACCUGCGAGACCUUGCCAUGAGUUUUGAACGGCAAACAGUACUGCUAUCUGCAGCAGAAUUUGCACGGUUCCGUGUAAACGGUUUGCAUGGGAAAAAAAUUGUCCAUUGAAACAUUUUACCGGAGCCGUGUAAACGGGAUCUAAACCAAUUGUAUUUAAGACGUUCCCGCUGCCGUCGCCAUCGUAGGCGACGGCGACGGCAACUAGAACGUCAAAAAAGCAAUAGGUUAAAUAACCAAAACAACAAUUUUUGAGCGUGCAUCACGCUUUUUUGUACAUUUCCUUGCCGUCUCUGCACGACUACGACGUGAAAAUGCCUCUUUUCACGUUUUACAGAGGAACUACGCAAGCGCCGACGAAGUUUCCCCCCUCUUUCUGAACUUGGAUAUGGUUCUUAGGAUUUCAACUUUUGGAGGGUUCACCUACAUUUGACAAAGUUAGUGACUUGGAGUAAUCGUGAUGAAGAUUGAAAGAACGCGAAUUCACUUUUUCAGCGACGUUUUCGCUGCCGUCGCUGUCCUCAGAUCUUAAUUAUAAGGUCCCUACUGAGAUCCCCAAUAAAUGGUUCCCAAUAAAUAGUUUUUCUUCAAUUGAUAGCUUGGCUGAUUUCUGUUCUGACAUUUCACCCGCAAUAGUACUUUAAACAGCAAAAGAGUGUUCAUCUACACCCGUGCUCAGUUUGUGUGAGUUUAGGUUGUGGUUUUGUUGUGGUCCACGUUUAUCCGUGACUUUUUGGUGUAUUUUUUUUGAUUCAAUAAUUAUUAUAUUUUCGACUAAGUGAAAAAACGUAAACUACAACACAAACACGACCAUAGUUGACUGUGUUUUCUGUCAUGCUAGGUUGACUGGUGGUAUAGAUAACACCUUGUUUCAUUAUGUGAGCUGGGAUUCAUUUCAUGGCAUUGUAGUCUGUCCGAAUGAUGGCGAUGCGCCCACUACGGGAGGACUCGUACAUGCAGAGGUGGUGAACACGUUUCAGACAACCUGUCUCUCCAUGCGUAGGUUAUUUUCUCCUUAUUACAAGCAGGUACGUCGAAAAACCAUUUUACAAUAACUGAGCGAUUUCUCGUGCGCUGAUUUGUAGAGAGUUGGAAAUGACCUCAUGGUGACGCAAUUUGUUGUUUUUUUCUUUCUUAAAGUGCCAGUGUAUCUUAUACGAGGUGUUAAUAGAGGAGACUGCUACCGCUCGUACUGUUGAUUUUGAUUGUAAUAACAGUAAUGCGUAUUUUGCACAAAUAUGCGAAAAGUGGAGCCAAAUUCAAGCAAUUAUUGUAAUAUCAUUUUCCCUUCAACAGCGCUUAAAGCAGAAAAAUCCCCACGCACGUUUUGCAUGUACCGGAGUGGAGGGUGUGGUCGAACAUGGAGUGAUGUUCCAUCGAAUUCCAGACAACGCAACUGAACAGAAGAAGUCUCCAUUAAUCUUCAAGUACUGGGUUAUCGGGUACGUUUAGAAAGAAUUCGAACUUGAUAUGAGGAAAUAGGCAAGGUCUAUUGUCAUGCUACAGGAGGGAGCAGUAAGAGGUCGCCUUUUAGGAUUCUUUCUUCGUAUUUCUUUUUAUUGCUAUUUCUUUUUUCUCUUCUUCUUCUUCUUGUCGUCAUUGUAUAUAUUUGAGGUGUGAAAGAGCCGUCUGUUGCGGCAAGCUGACCAAUAGGCCAUUUCCGGGUUCCGCAAGCCUCUGUUUUUAAGCGAGGCCAAGUGCGAAGCCAUUGAUAUGAAAAUGAGUUUUUAUUCUCAUCCAUAAAAACUCAUUUUCCUUAGAAGGGUUUUGCACUUAGCCUCUUUUUGCAAGGUAGAGGUUUUGGAACUCGGAAAUAACCUAUUGAAGUGUUAUUUAAAAUGAUUUCUCGGAGGGGAAGGAAACUGCGUUUGAAAGCAUAUACCAGCACGUUUACCGGUAAGUCAAAUGUGAGUGAUAUUAAAAGCUAAUUCAUAAUACUUUCUUCUGUUGAACCUAGACGGCUUCUACCAGGAGAUCAUCCGCGUGAACUGUACGUGUGUCACCACCAGUCAGUGCCUCAAUCUGUGGUAGAGUUGGCCUUCAAACUGGGUUUUGGAGUUUGA